AUGGACGCUGCAGCUUCAUCAUCAUCCUCCUCGUCUUCUGCAUAUUUUCCCAGAAAAUAUGACAUUUUUCUGAGUUUCAGAGGUGAGGACACUCGCAAAACCUUCACCAGCCAUCUUCACAGUGCCCUAUGCAAGAGCGGUAUUCGAACCUACAUAGAUUAUGAACUCCCAAGAGGGGAUGACAUUUCCCAAUCGCUCAUCCAAGCAAUUGAAGAUUCAAGCAUAUCUGCUGUGAUCUUCUCUAAAAACUACGCUUGCUCAGAAUGGUGUUUGAAUGAACUGCUUAAGAUACUGGAGUGUAAAGAAGUCCAAGGACAGCUUGUUAUUCCUAUUUUCUACCAAGUCGACCCAUCUCACGUGCGCCAUCAAAAGGGAACUUACCAGGAAGCUUUUGAAGAACACUUUGCCCAAAACCCAGGGAAAGUGAAGCAGUGGAAACAUGCUCUUUUUGAAACUGCAAACUUAGCUGGUUGGGACUCUCGGAUCUAUAGGGACGAACCAGAACUCAUUGAAAAUAUUGUCAACGACGUUCAGCAAAAGAUUAACCCCAGUUAUCCAAGUUCAUUGAUGCGUCUUGUUGGAAUUGAUGAAAAUUGUAACGAGGUUGAAAGGUUACUGGAAAAAGUCCCAAUAAUUGGAAUUUGGGGUAUGGGUGGUAUAGGCAAGACCACCAUGGCUAAGGCUUUAUUUACCAAACUCUCCUUCAAAUUUGAGAGUUCUUGCUUUUUGGAAAAUGUAAGAGAAGAGGUGGAAAAGCAAGGAUUGACAUACGUACGCAACAACCUUCUGUUUGAGCUACUAAAGGAAGAAAAUUUCCCUCAUAGGCCGCCUAAUGUUGCAAGUAACGCCUCUGUUAUGAGAAGACUAAGUUGUAAAAAAGUCUUUAUAGUGCUUGAUGAUGUUAGUAGUUGGAAGCAAUUAGAGUAUUUAGCUCCAUAUUAUGAAUACUUGGGACCAGGCAGUAAAGUCAUCAUUACAGCAAGGCAUAAACAAUUGCUUGUAAUUGCAGGAGUUAACGCAAUUCAUGAGGCCCGGCCUUUGAGCGCUCACAAGUCUGUUGAGCUCUUCAACCUCAAAGCCUUCCGCUCGUACAAUCCAAAAAUUGGAUAUGAAUCCCUCUCACGAAGGGUUGUUCAUUACGCAAAAGGCAUUCCCUUAGUUUUGGUAGUAUUGGGCUCAUUUCUUCGUUCAAAAACUCCCAAGGAAUGGGAUAGUGCAUUGUCAAAACUAAAGAAGAGUCCCAAUGAAGACAUUCUACAGGGAAAGAAUAUGUGA